GAAUUAACAGUUCUCCCAUCCCACCACCAUUGAUUAUCUCUGUGCGCCUCUCACCUUCCCUCGCCAGUUGUCACACCCAGCUCCGGCCUCACUCUCUAUUUUUGUCGACGACUGCAGGACUUUGUGUUUAUAUGAUGGAAGCUUCGUUGUUUUUCAGUCUAGAUUAUAAAGAGACCAAACAAUAACGCCAAGAUCUCAUAGAAUAUUGGUGGAUUGAACUUCAGUUCCAGCUAACUGGGAUAGAUGGGUGAGCAGAAGGAAAGGUUCAAAAUUCUAAUGGUCUCUGAUUUUUUUUACCCCAAUUUUGGGGGUGUGGAGAAUCACAUUUACUACCUCGCACAAUGUCUAAUAAAGCUUGGCCACAAGGUGGUGGUAAUGACACAUGCCUAUGGGAACCGAUCUGGAGUGAGAUAUAUGACGAGAGGGCUGAAAGUUUACUAUAUACCAUGGACACCCUUUGUGAUGCAGAAUACACUACCAACCUUCUAUGGAACUCUUCCUAUUAUAAGGACUAUACUUGUAAGAGAAAAGAUAUCAUUGGUACAUGGCCAUCAAGCAUUCUCAACUCUCUGUCAUGAAGCUUUGAUGCACGCACGCACAAUGGGGUAUAAGGCCGUGUUUACUGAUCACUCACUCUAUGGUUUUUCUGAUGUUGGUAGCAUCCACAUGAAUAAGGUUUUACAGUUUACUUUAGCGGAUGUAACUCAGGCAAUUUGUGUAUCUCAUACAAGCAAGGAAAAUACAGUGCUACGCUCGGGUUUGCUGCCAGAGAAGGUUUUUGUGAUACCUAAUGCUGUUGACACAGCUAUGUUCAAGCCUGCUGCAAAAAGACUUAGUCGUGAUGAAAUUGUUAUUGUUGUUAUUAGUAGGCUGGUGUACAGGAAAGGUGCUGAUCUGCUUGUUGAAGUUAUUCCAGAAGUCUGCCGAUUAUAUCCCUUUGUUCGUUUCAUUGUCGGAGGAGAUGGACCUAAACGUGUGCGGUUAGAAGAGAUGAGGGAGAAACAUUCCCUUCAAGAUCGUGUUGAAAUGUUGGGUGCAGUCCCACAUGCUCAAGUGCGUUCUGUCCUUGUUUCUGGCCAUAUAUUCUUAAACAGUUCCUUAACAGAAGCCUUUUGCAUAGCCAUACUAGAGGCUGCCAGUUGUGGAUUAUUGACUGUCAGUACACGUGUAGGAGGUGUUCCCGAGGUUCUACCAGAUGACAUGAUUGUACUAGCUGAACCAGAUCCUGGUGAUAUGGUUCAUGCAAUCAAGAAGGCAAUAUCUAUUCUUCCCAUGAUUGAUCCCCAAGUGAUGCACAAUCGAAUGAAGGGGCUUUAUGAUUGGCAUGAUGUUGCCAAAAGGACAGAGAUCGUGUAUGAUCGCGCACUAAAAUGCACAAAUCAAAGUCUUCUACAAAGACUCUCUCGGUAUCUCUCGUGUGGAUCAUGGGCAGGCAAGCUAUUUUGCUUGGUAAUGAUCAUCGAUUUUUUGCUAUGGCGACUGUUGCAAUUGUGGCAGCCCGCAGAGCGUAUCGAGGAGGUACCUGAUUUUACCAUGUUCCAUGAUGAAGACUGCAGUAGACCUUGAGAUAUAGUUUUGUAUUUCAUGUCCACAACAAGGGGAAAUGUUAAAUGUUAAGAGCCAAGUUUGUGUUUCAGAUUGAGUACUAGAGCUAAAUAGUUAGUGACAGUAUAUUUUUGUUCAGAUUUAUUGAAGAUUGGACUUUUAUUAAAGUACAAAAAUUGAUGAGUUAUGAAGAUUGCUUGACUGGCAAACAUAAACAUGAUUUUUUUAGUUA